AUGUCCAAAACUUGUAAUAAAUGCAACCAAAUCUUUCCCACAACAAAAGAGCACAGCCGUCACCAGAAAAAAUGCACUGCUGGCAGUAUGGAUGGCAAGAUCUUUUUCAAUUUCGAGGGGACCGACAUCACUGUGUCUUCUUCAAGCUGCGAGAUAGUUCAGCCCAUGGUCGAAAAAGGAUGGAGGUUACUUCUGGUGACGACAGCCAGUCUAUUGAUCAAGUACCUAGCGUACCUGACCCUUGGCCUACUCAGGGAGGUCAUGCAAUGGUUAUGGCGCAACAAUAUGAUCACUCCGCACCCAGCACUCCAGAAACCAGGCGAGGAAGGUCUCUUCAAUGGCAAACAGACAGGGCAAGUGCAAAAAAAGCAGUGCAUGGAUCAAGUGCAGAAUAUAAUGCCUGCUGCCCCCUUGGAACGGCAUGAGCAUCAGUCGGACAACGCCGUUGCAUAUUUCUCGCAGAAGGACCCCCAAGUAAGCACCAUAGUUUCACUGUACAAUUACAAUUGA